AUGUCGUUGUUUGGUGGUGACAGCAGCGCGCCGCCAACCGAAUCUGAAUAUGAAUCCGGGUCCGAUCAACCACCAUCGCCCAUCGCGCCGUCACCACUCAGACCUAGCUUGCGUAGUCCUCCAAGCGCGCAAGCCGUGAACACCGCACAUGGUGCUCACGAUGUUGAAAUCGAAGAAUUCGCGCGGGACUUGGCCGGAAACGAUGCAGACAGCGAAGAGUCUGACGAUGAUGAACCGGAACGACCGAACCGGUUCAAAGGGCCACCGCAGACGUGGAAAGGCUACACCGCAGCAGAUCGCCAGAUCGCCGAAUCGCUCCAGCAGCUCCAAGACACCGACCUUGCCGCCCACCUCUACAAUGCGCAUGCUUUGAAGCGCCGCGUGCGCAAGCCUGCCACGGAGCUUUCGACCCUCAACAACUGGCAGAACAAGGACGCUUGGCUGAAGGAAGGGAAGGAACUGCAAUACACAGACGCCGCAGGGCAGCUGCAGACGGAGCUGGUUCCCGCAAAGGACUGGACGGCGUGGCCAUUGCCCCCAACUUCGCUCUACACGCUCAACAACGGAUUUAGAAGGGCUGCAGUCGAUCCGGAAGAGAACGAAUGGGUGAUUGGCGGUGGUGGAGCGCAAGACCCCGGAACAGAGCUGAAAGAAGAGAUGCUGGGCGUAUUCCUCCGGUUAGCAAAGCAUAGCUGGCACAAAAAGGAUUGGCAAGAUGAAGGCCAGCCAGAUGCAAAGAAGAGAGCGCGGUCAAGAGCAACAUCUAAACCACAGAGCAUUCACUCUGAUAUCGACAUGAAAAAUGGCAGUGGAGACGAAGAUGUGGCUGGAGGACAUGGAGUGAAGCGUGGGAGGAAACCUCAGCCUGAGCUGACUAUCAAGCCGGCCAUUCUUGCGGACGACACGAAGGCCCAUAGACUCUUGCAGCCGAUGGUCGCUUCUAUGCUCGACAAACUGGAUGACGUUGCGCUAGCGUUGCAGCGGACUCGUCUGAACCACUUCGGACGUGGGGGGUUCGGUGAAGGGUCGUCUCAGAGUGAGUUCACAACAGACGCAGAAAUUACCGAGCGAGAGUCUCGAUCCAGGUCCCAAUCUCGAGCUAAGAGUGCGCCCCGGAGUAAACCUGUUACCCGGCAAUCCUCACGACCCUCUUCCAGUCGCGCCAGUCGUGCUCCAAGGUCUACGAAGAAGGCUUCGAAACCUAAAGUGCAGUCUGAAGACAGCGACUCGGCUUCUGAUUACGGCGCUCGGUUUGGCAACAAAGACGGACUAGAGUUGAACGCGUCUCGUAGCCCAACACUUCGUCGGAAGCGAAGCAGGUCGGAGAGCACAAUGGACGAGGACGUGUCGAACACCCGCGACUGGUCGCGAGCAGGCCUUAUGGACUGGAGCGAAGUUCUCGGGAUUGCAGCUGUGAAAGGCUGGAAUCAACAAGCGCUCGCUCGGACCGCGCAGCGUUGCUCAGCUUUGUUCGGAGAAAGCAUGUCGUUCACGCCCUUGCAUGAAGAUCUUGCAACGAAACUCCCCGCCGACCCGGUCAAUUUUACACCAUCCACCAUUCCAGCUCCGAGCAAGCCCACCAUCGGUGCACCUCGCUCCACGAAGCGGCCAUACUUCCAACCAGGCGCAAUACGCUGUCCACACACUGACUGCUACGGACAUCGCAAGGACUUUGCAAUGUCGUAUCGAGUAAUUGAGCACUGUAGGAGGAUCCACGGCUAUGACCCUCGAUCCAACGAUUCGGAUAACGAAGAGAGAACGCAUGGCGGGGUUCAUAUAGACGGUUUCCUACAACCUAUCACCGCGAAGCAGGGAUGGCUGGGACAUGGAAGAUCAAAGGCAGGAGGCAAGAAGAGGAAGACGGAGGAGGCAGAUCCCAUCGAUCUCAAUGCUGUAGCCGCAGCGAUCGAAAAAGAAACGUGA